UGCAUCGUUGCCUUGCAACCCUAAUUUUGGCGUUCGUCCGGACUGCGGGGCCACAUAUUUAUUUGAAAUAAAAAUAUUAGUACUUAGUUUUAAACAGUUGCAAUGGCAGACAAAUUGACGUUGGACAGACAUGCUAUGAAAGAUAAAUCAACUUCUCAUCUGAGAAUAUAUGUUGGUGGUUUGACAGACAAAACUACUGUAGAUGAUCUUUAUGAACAUUUUAUUCAAUAUGGACAAAUAAAUGGAAUUAUAACUAAUAGGAACUUUGGAUUUGUGCAAUUUGAAACAGAAAAAAGUGCACAAGAAGCAAUAACAAGAGGGAAUGGAUCAAAUUUCCAAGGAAGAUCGAUCACUGUAAGGACCGCACAAACAAACCCAGAAAAGAGGACUGAAGUAGUGACACUGCACCCUGAUGUUCCACCUGCUGUGGCUCUAUCAGACAACAUAGCUGUGGUGCAGGACGAUGCAGGUGAUGACCCUUACGACAGUUAUGGCAACUUCAAAGGGGAUCAGAAUUACGGAGAUGAAGGCUACGACGAGAACUAUAGGGAUAACAACCAGAGCUGGGAAGGCAGGGAGCCGUCUCGUGGAGGUCCCAGAGGCCGCGGUAAUAUGCGAGGCAGAGGCCGCGGCGCCAGAGGCCGCGGUGGCCCUCCAUUCCGUGACCACUCACCCAUACCUGCAAGAGGUGGAGGCUACGAUCGCUACGGUCACCAGGAAUACCCUCGAGCUAUUCCGGUCACAGAGAGGAAUGAUUGCGAAAUCAUUGUUGUUUCCAAACAGUUGACGGAAUAUGCAGAGUACAUUGAAAGCCGUCUGAAACAUCUUGGAAUAGUGGUCGACUUACUAUUUCCAAUGGAAGAUGUCCCGAUAGGAAAAGUAUUAGGCAACAUAGCGUCCCGUGGAUGUCUGUAUGCCAUUCUAGUAAUGCCACUGAACCAAGAGAACAGAUCUUUAACGUUGACCAUUCUACAUGGUUUGCCUCAAGAACACCGUAACAUGCCUCUUGAGGAUGCUCUCCAGCUGAUUUCACGUAACUUCCAAGAAGUACAAAGGGGAGGUCCCACGGGUCGGGAGGCUGUUUACGCGCUAUUGGGCCAGUUAGCAGACGGCAGGACUCUCACAGUGCUGCAAUACGAAAAAGUUAUUGAAUAUUUACAGGAACGCAAAGAGCAGCAAGUCAAAAUCGAGCUUGGUGAGCCGUUGACCCCGGCCCCAGUCAAUAAGAAGGCUGAAGUCGAUCUCCAACAACGUAUAUUGAGCAUCCUCAAUGACAAGAAAGUGGCACCCAGCGAGCCAGCACCAACCCCGCCUCCUCCAGCACCAGCUCAGAACAAACUGCUCAACGAUCCGACAGUCAGAAAAGCCCUAGACUCGAUCCUUCAGAAAUUUACAUAGAAUUAAUAAACGUGAUUUGUGACUGGACUCUUUAAUGUUCUACUUUUAGAGUAAUGGCUGGCUGGAAGUGCCCCACUCAAAGAUUUUUAAUUUAAUUUAAUGCUUUUACUGCCGUAUACAAACUUCAAUUACAAUUAAUGUUUCCAAAAAUAAUUCUUAUUUAUCAAUACAUUAAAAAUAUAAUAACAUAACAGUAUAUGAACGGUAGUAAUGAAAUUGCCAUUAUAUAGAAAACAAAUGACUGGUGGUUGUAUUGUAUUGCUGACGCAAAGAAAGUAAAAGCAUUAACUUUAAUUAGACUUAAACUUUAAUUAGACUUAUAAUAAAAUGUAUGUUUCUGUGCAGAACUUUAGUCAUAUGUUUAUAGUAUAGUAAUGACACAAAAAAAUAACACUUAUUUCAAGCGGAUUUUAAAGUUAUUUGUAGUCGUGUUUUAUGAGAUGCUAGGUAUGGUUUUGGCUCUGUACAGUAGUGUGGUGUCUUCGGAAUUUUGAUUUAUAUCUCACAGACAGACAUAACAGCUUUUAUUAUAAUGAUUAAAAAUUAUCAAGUAUCCAUUGAGUAAGAUUCUCAGUAAGAUAAUUUAAAUUGUAAUGUAUGAAAUUCGGCGAUUUGUUCUACUGUUGUAUUGUGAUUUGUUUGGAUUAUGUUAUAUAUAAUCCAGGCAACGAAAAGGUAUAGAGGGAAAUGCUUAGAACACAAUUUUUGACUUCGUAACUUUGUUAGGACUAGUUAGGAGGUAAACAUAUCAAAAGUCCCCGCCCGUAGCCCUUAAGCUGGGGGGAAGGGGGGGGAUUGAACAACAAAAACAAGGAUGGAGCUGACAUUGCCAAGCUCACCGAUUGGUUUGAGAAAUUUCCUCCCUUCCCAGAGAGACAUUAUCAAGUCACCAGAAAUCUAGAAAGCAGCAGCGGUCUUUUCACACCCUUUCUCCACCACCGCUCAAGUACAAAAGGCAGGUGAAACCUGCAUCUUAAGGUGGUAUGGAGCUCCAGCGAAAGAGAUUUCCCUCAAUGCCUACAGGUACAAGUCAUGCUUGAAAUCAGUGGCCACCAUCAAGCCUGAUAUCUCUUGUCUUCCGCCCACCGAGGGAGCAGUAAAAUAGCAUUCCCAGGAAGUGGUAGCAAAUUUUGUUUCCAUAAUUACAGACUUACAAGAGCGGAUAUCUCGAAAACUAUACAAGAUAUAAAAAACUUGACUGAAUAAGACUUGUAGCAAAUUUAAUCAACUUUCACUUUUGUUAAAGUCGCUAGGAUGCAUAGUUUCCAAGAUAUAUGCGAAAAACCUAAAAAUGGGACCUUCAAUCCUCCCCUUCCCCCCGGCUUAAGGGCUACGGGCGGGGACUUUUAAUAUGUUUACCUCCUAACUAGUCCUAACAAAGUUACGAAGUCAAAAAUUGUGUUCCAAGCAUUUCCCUCUAUACCUGUUUUUGAGCAUUCGUUGCCUGGACUAAUGGUAUUCAGACACUGAUGUGUGUGAAUGUCAACGUUGAAAAAGUACCUAGUAAAACUUGAAAAAAUGUAUAGUAAAGAUUAUAGAAAGAUAAAAAGAGUUAAUUGGUUCUAUUAAAAAAACUGGAGGCACUGCAAAACUCGAUGAUUGAGUAUUCCAUGUAAAGAAAAAAAUGUAUAAUUUAGAUUAUACUUCAGUGCUUAAUUUUGUGUAUCAAACUAGUUACUUGGUUCUAUUAAAACACUGGAGGCACUGCAAAUCUCGAUCAUUGAGUUUAUUUAACGCUAUAAUAGCGUUUGAAUGUAAAACUGAAUGUAUAUUUAUUGUAUUGUACAAGUCUUGUCAUGAGUUUUUAAGACACUGGCCAUCAGAAAAUCAUAUCCCACUUUUUGUGAUUAUAAAGAAAUGCAUUUAUUAAUUUUACAGAGAUUUAAUAACAAAUAAUUAAACAAAGGAUUGAUAUUUUGUUGGCCAGUAGUAUUAGGUAGGUACAGGUAUUCUAUUGUCAACAUAACUUAAGUGAAAUAUAAAACAUAAAUCAAUUAUUUCAUCAGUUUUAUUUAAUAAGUUCAUACAUACAUAAUUAGAGGUGGUCUAAACGAGUCUGUCCACAGAGCGAGCGGUUCAUUGGUAAUGAGAUAUGACAAGUGCUAUUAUUAUAUAUUAUAUUUUUUUGUUAUUGCUUACAUUUACAAAAUUAACUUUCAUAGUAUUAUUAUUCAUCAACUUAUUGUAUCUGUAUAUGUCAGAAAAAUGGUUACCAUAAUGACUUUCGAAUUAUCUAACACUUAAAGCGGGAAAUAUUUUCUUUCGUCACUUUUUAACAAUGAAAUAUGUCUUACAUGCAUUAAAUUGAUUUAAAGGGUCUAAGUUCAUAAAAAAAAAUAACAACAAUAGAAUACUAACAUGAUUGACAAAAUAAGCUGUCAAAGAAAUACCGCCAGCGGUUCUCAACCUGGAACAUACUGUACCAAUUUCUGCAGGCUCAGUAUAAAUCCUUCCUUUUCAAUUUAUAACAGGCCCUCAAUAAGCAAACCGCAGAUCUCCAUUUCCUGCGAUUUUACAGGAAUCUAGGCAAUAGACGAAAUGUUUAAAUCGAGACUUUAUUUUAAUACUGUUUACUGGAGACUGUCAGAAAAAUUAUUAAUAUUUAGGACAUGUUUUACCACUUCCUUAUAAAAGUCUCUGAUAGCCUAUUCAGCCCCUCUAGCAGGACCACCGAAACAGUAUAUGAUUAAACGAUAUAUCGGUAUUAACUGUCAGCCUACUGUCAAACUCCACUGUAGUCUGACAGUUAAUGCCGAUAUAUCGCUUUAUAAUAUCGCGUUUCGGUGUUCAUGCUAGAGGGGGCAGAACUUAUACGCCAGAUAACUAAAAAAUUUGGUUUCACAGGUCUUGAUUCAAGAUAGUCUGUCAGAAUAUUUCCUGGUAUCAACAACUUUCAUCUAUCAGACAGUUUUUUGUGAAAUAACUAUUAGGAUUUGGUAAAACUGUCCAUAAUCUCCCAAAAAUAUAUGGUAUCGAGUUUGCUUGUCAAAUACUUAAUAUUAUUAUUAUUGCUGUGGAUAAGUUAGUCCCAUCCAAAUUUUUUUAACAAAUCUUUAACGGUCAAUAGGGAUGAUGACGGGAUAUAUUAAACGAAAUUCUAUUUAGCCCGUCAGUUAAAUUAUCAAAAAAUAAUGGACAAAUAUUUUUACCUUUGUCAAUCAACCAAAAAAUGACAAAGCGCGUCAAGUUUGGUAGUGGGGGCUCGUGACGUCAUCGUAAAAAUUGCACCAAGACGUGACUUCAUGCGACAUUUCAAAUCAAUAUACGUAGUAUCUCUAAUGUUUGAAAAGAAAAAAUACGUGUACUAUACUUUUUGAUAAUCUAAUAAAAAAAGUAAGUCGUCAUCCCCAAUAUACUAGCGUAAAGUCGAAGCGCAUUGAAGCGAAUUUCAGAAACGUAACAAAGCAAAUUCACCCUUAUCUCCGCAACGUAAUAUACAUAUUCCAUCUUCGAGAUAAAAAGAUGACGCGCGAAUUCAGUUGAUUUAUCUGCUCAGAAUAUAUCAGAUUAGUUACAGAGAUAAGAAUGAAUUUGCUGUUACUGUUUCCGAAAUUAGCUACGAUGCACUUCUGCGCUAGUAUGAAUUGACAAUAACAGUGGCAUUACUACGUUUGCUUAUUAAGGUUACGGUAAAGUAUGUAGAUAGGUACUACAAACCAAGACUUCGACCUAGUUAGCUGUAUAGUAAGAUAUCACGAAUUUUCUAUGGCAAUUACAAUAUAUUUUUCAACGUUAAUUAUUUAUAAUAUUGAAUUAUUACAAACCAGAACUUUCCAAUGAGAUCAAGGCCCUGCGUCUUCUGAUUUUCAAAGCUUCUCUUUAAAAAUCAUAUUUUUCCAUUCUGUUAUUUAUUAUAGCUAUACAAGAUAUAAUAUAAUAAACUAGGAUAAUAUUAGGAAUAUCCACAUCUUACACUAUAUAAACAUUUCCACAACGCCCUUAUUUACUACAGCAAUUAAAUGCCACCACGCACCUAUCGAAUCCCAUAAAGCUAUUUAUUUGGAAGAAUUUGGUGUCAAUCUUGAGAUCGAUAGGUGAGCGCGAUAUUUACAAGGGAUCAGUCAAAAAUGACUGCACUGCCAACAACAGGGUAGGCCAGCUUGCAAUCCUUUAUCUUUCGUCAACUAAAUUACGAUCUCUCUGUAGGGUCUUCUUGUUUAGAUGGAUCGAAACCUUCCUUUAUAUGCCCACCGGUGCCUUUAGGAUCUAGAUCAGUCGCCCAACUGAAGUGCAUCAGAGCCAAGUGAGUAUUGCCUAAUUUAUUAUGAACUUUACCAAGUAAAUAAUAUACUAAAGACUCCCUUGGAGCUAUAUCUUUUAGAUAAUGUAGAUCUGUUAGGGCUUCUUGAGGCCUUCCGGCCCGUAGGAGCACUGAUGCUCUGUGGAAACGACAAAGUGGAUUUUCAGUGUCUAAAGCAACGGCCCUUUCGAGAGUAGCUAGGGCUCGAUCAGUUUUGUCUAAGGCUGCUUGUGCCAACCCCAACUGACAUCUCAGUACACCAGAAUGAGGGUGUAUUGUGAGCGCGCGACGAAUAUGCACUUCUGACUGCUUCCAACGUUCUUGACGCGCAUAAACUGUUGCAAUACCGAACCAAGCAACAUAAUUGCGAGGAUCAAUACUAACAGCGGUUCUAAAGCUUGCAAGAGCCUUAUCUGUCUCUUCUGCUACAGCAUAUUCAUGCCCUAAGAGUGCAUGAGCGUAUGAUGCAUCUGGAUCUAUUUGAACAGCUCUUUUGAAAAACUUAAGAGCAGUCUCGCGUUCUUUGUGUAAUGAAAAACAAUUGCCUGCAGCUAACCAGGCAAUAGGAUCGGUUCUAUUAAGCUCGACUAAUUCUUGAGCCAAAGCUGACAACUGAGCUUCUUUUUGGAGAUGCCAUAAACAGGUACUAUAAAUAUCCAUGCCUUCAGUACGGCAGGGGUAUUGUUUUCGAAUAUCAGCAAAAAUCUUUGCUGCUGCCUCAUAUUGAGCUAGUUCAUAGUGAGCUCGAGCUAUCAUUGUUUGCACCCAUGGUGAAGCCAAUUGUUUAGGGGGAACAUCUUGAAAUAACUUAAUUGCAUUUUUACAAUCUAAGACAGCUAAUGAUUUAUAAGCCUCACCUAGUUCUUUCAAUAAAUUUAAUAAUGCUACACCGUUAGAAUUCUUUGGUGUGAUUGAGGGUGUAACAGUUUCCAUGCUUUUAUUUCUUUCAUUUGUAUCAACUGCAUUUGUUUUCAUAUUCUUAGCGGUGCGUUGUUUAUUCUUUCUUGAAGGACUUUUAGGAGCUACAAAUUUCCUGCUUGGUGAUUUAUUAUUUUCUUUUACUGAGUAACUGCUAUUAUUAUUACUAAACAGCCUGGAAGACCGUCUAGGUGCUGGUCCAAGCGUGCAUCGAGGUGCUGGACUAAAUACUGCAUCUUUAAGUUGACCCAUCUGUGCUCUUAAUGAAUUUACAAUUUUUGGGAUAGCUUUCUGUUCAUUAGAAUCAGUCAGUGUUGGAGUAUACAGUACAGGAGAUUCUUCCAUUGGUAACAUUCCGAAAGACGGUGAAAAUGGUACAGGUGCUAUUCCACUGAAAACACUAUGCAUUCGCUUCAUAGGAGCUUGUGUCUCUGGAGUGAUGCUUGUAGACAUGGUCAUAGGAGUUCGGGUUACAACAUUAUUUGGUGUGACAUUGGUAUUUAAAUUUGUAUUACUAGGAAUGUUAGUAUUAAUGAAGGAAAUAUUUUCCGAGUUGCUGACUAGAUUUACUAAUGUGGACACACCAAAUGAAAAUUCAGCAUUUAUCUGGAAUACAUGGUUUGGAUCCACUUUUUCUCCCAUGUUACAUAGUUGGGCAAAUGAUUUCCACAUAAAUGGAUUUAAUGAUAACGCUUUCUUAUGUGCUUCAGCAGCUUUACCCCUCCUUUCAGUGGUGUUAUAUACUUUGGCAAGUAGUUGUAAAGCAUAUGGUGCUUGUUCUCCAAACUCUGAAGCUACGAGGUCUAAAUUUGAUCCUAAUGCCACUUCUGCAUCUUUGUACCUGAAAAUUAAUAAUAAUUGAAAUUAUUGUAUGUAUAGAUAGAAAUAUGAAAGAAAUUCUCUUCAUUUAAGCCAUCAUAACCUGAUGU